AUGAUCGGCGGGGAGCAUGGCAGCACAGCGCCCACGCCCGCCCACCCGCCCCACGACCAGUCGUCAGCGCUGCGGAAGAGGAAGCGCCUCAGUCAGGUGGUGCUGGAGCUGACCUCGCAGGCCGAACGUCGCUCCCCCGAAGACAAGCCGCCUCCGCCCCUCCCGCUCGCCCCCGCGGCGCCGGACCGCCCCGGCGCCCCCCCGCCGCACGACUCCGCCGCCAGCGGCCCGCCCCGCGACGCCAAGCCCCCGCAGGACAGGCCCCCCGACCAGCGCCCGAACGCCCUGACCUCGCAGAAGCCGCCAGCCGAGAAGGAGCCCAUGUUCAGCCGCCAGCCCGAAGAUGCUCCCCCGGGGCCCGGCCACGACCAGGGGGAGGAGGCCGGCCUCAGCCCCGGCCUCAGCCCCGGCCUCAGCCCCGUGCCGGGCCAUAGCCCCGUCGCUGGCCACAGCCCCGUGCCCGGACACAGCCCUGUGCCCGGCCACAGCCCCGGCCUCAGCCCCGGCCUCAGCCCCGGCCUCAGCCCAGGGCUCAGCCCCGGCCUCAGCCCCGGCCUCAGCCCCAGGGUCACUGUCCAGGACGAGACCGGCCAAGAGGCCAUGAAGGUGGACACACCGCCCUCGCCCAAGGAGGGCCCAGGGGAGGCGGGAGGCACCAGCCCCCUGCCGGAGGCCCAGCAGCAGCAGAGGUCGCCUGGCGUCAUCCAGGCCGGCACCGCGCGCUCGCCCCGCGCCGUCCAGAGCGACGUGUUCCGGUUCGACUCCUUGGACCGCGAGCGGUACCUCUGCCGCGCCAUCAGCGAGGAGGACGAGGAGGUGUUCUCGCCCGGCCUCCCGUCGCACAGUCCACACGCCAGGGACUCGCCCGCCCUCGCCAGGGUCAACUCCGACUCGCCCAAGCUGUCCUUCAGCCCCCUCAGGAUCAAGGACCCCAGUAUCGACGAGGAGGACCUGGACCUGGACUCGAAGUCGUCGUGCACGGCGUCGUCGCUGGCGUCCGGCGACCCGCCCGGCGUCGGCUCCGUCAUCCGCGGGAUCCUGCCCAAGCUGAGCGUCGUGCGCAGCGACGCCUCCGACCCCGGCGGCCACUACCAGCCCUGCACCUGCCAGCACUGCGCCCUGUCUGCACGAGACCCGCACCGCCUGGGCCCCGCGGGCGUCCCGCACUCGCCCAUCUCACCGCUCACGCCCUCCUCCCCGCACACGCCCAUCUCGCCCUCCCCAGGACACAACGUCGAGCACUAUUUCCCGCCCACCGUCUACCUGCCCGACCUGUACCGGCGCCGCUCGCACUCGGACUCGGACCUGCAGCUGUGGUUCGACCAGAAGGCGCGCUCCAGCGAGGUGCCCGCCAGCAGCGCCGGCCCGACGUCGGCGGGGCCCUCGGGCGAGCAGCAGACCUCCGCCACGCGCGGCUCCGUCCUGCGCCACGGCCGCCCCAUCCCGCAGCCGCUCUACCUGCCCCGCAAGGGCGGCUCCCUCGAGUCCGACAACUCCACGCCGCAGGACUCGCCGCUCGACCUGUCCGUGAAGACGGCCGGGAGCGUGAAGACGGGCAGCUCCUCCAGCACGGAUAGUCUAGUCUUGCCGGGCUCUGUGCCCCUGUCGUCGCCGCACUCGCCGCACCUGGCGGCACCGAAGGACAUCACCCCUCCCCCCAGGUCCCCCGGGGCGCCCGACCACCGCCAGACCUCGGCUUCGUCCCUGCCGGUGCCCGUGGUCAAGGGCGACGUGGCGUCCUAUAGCACCAAGGACAGCGUGGCCCUCCGCUACCACCUGGAGGUAUCCCCCGUGGUGGAGGAGAUGCCCCCGGGGGCGGACGUGGCCUUCGUGUGCCCCGUCUGCGGCCAGAUGUUCUCGCUGCACGACCGCCUGGCCAAGCACAUGGCGUCGCGGCACAAGAGCAAGCAGGUGGACAGCACCAGCAAGACGUACAUGUGCGACGUGUGCAAGCGCUCGUUCGCGCGCUCCGACAUGCUCACGCGCCACAUGCGGCUGCACACCGGCCACAAGCCGUACACCUGCCGCGUGUGCGGACAGGUGUUCUCGCGCUCGGACCACCUCUCGACGCACCAGCGGACGCACACGGGCGAGAAGCCCUACAAGUGUCCGCAGUGUCCGUACGCCGCCUGCCGCCGCGACAUGAUCACGCGCCACAUGCGCACGCACGCGCGCUACGAGCUGCACGAGUCGUCGUCCAUGGAGGAGGGCGGCGAGGUGGCGCGCCCCAGCCUGCCGGUGCGGUCCCUCUCGGAGGAGCACCCGGCGCCCUCACCCAUUGCUGGACCUGCCCGGCCUCUCCGCGCCCCCCAAGCACACCCCACAGGGGGUGGGCAUGGCUGGGCCGGGCAUGUCGGGGCACCUGCCGCCGCAGCUGCAGCGACCCCGGAAGCAGGAGGAAGACUGAAGGGGGCCAGCGCCACUCGUCUGGUUCCUGUUUUUGCCUCGUUGAGGUUUGUCUCUGGCUGGAGGUCGUCCCUCCUUGGCAGGGAGGCCGCUGGUGGCCAGAGGCGCGCCCAGCCUCUCGGCGUUCCGCAUGCGGCGUCUCGGGCGGCGGGUCUGCCGGAGGUCACGCCCAGUGUGGGGGAAGAGGAGGUUCCUCCCGACGGAGCAGCCCUGGAGAGGAGAAGGCGCUACAGCUGGAGCUGCUCCUCCCCCACGAUCACCCUCAAGUAUCUCGGUGUGAAGAGUGUUCGCCUGCGGUGCCCGGGCCUCGGUGCUCUGCUGGGGCGCCGCUCCCUCGCGCGGGAGAUCGCGCUCCCCCUUGCUCGGGGGCGCCAGAGGUCUAUCGAUUCCAAGCGCCCCCGCGGGCACCUGGGAGCCCGGGCCCUCGAGGAAGGAGUUGUGGUCGUGGCGGCCGGACCCUCGGGCCCCUGGCUCGACGCCGGGGGCCAGACCUUCGCCGGCGCGCCCGCGGGCUGCCCUCAGCCUGAAGGGUCCGCCCGGCGCCCCAAGGCCCAAGUACAAGAAAGGUCGGCAGGUCCAGUCCAGCGCAGAGGGUCCGGCUGCGCACUGCCGGCCGGUGGAGAUGCUGGUGUUCUCGGAGUGCUCACUAUCUUACGUUUCUUAAGAGAACUAUAG